AUGUCGUCCCCCGUGGAGGAUCGAAAAACCUAUGAACAAAAGGACAAGCGCAAGGACUCGGAUAAUUCUCCCACUUCCGAUGGAACCUGUGUCACUGAGCCCGACACAGAUCGCAAUCACUUGAAGGUUGACACAAAUUAUGUUCAUGAUGAAGAUGAGCAUCCGCCUAUGCGCACACCCUCCGCCCGUCGGGAACAGGCCACUCGUUUGGACGAUGACUUGAUGCUUCUACAAGCUGAGCGUAUGACGUCGCAUUCGACCAGCGGACAGGACGAUGAACACGAUCGCAAUUCUAUGAAUCGCUCCCGUUCGCGUCGUUCCGAUGCCGUAGAUGAGUUCGAUGAAGCCACAAACCCUCUGCACGAAAAGGCUGCAAUUUAUAAACCCCCCGAGAAACCAAACACCCAGAUCGCCGUCUUUGUGAAGAAGCUGCACCAGUCGAGUUUCCUGGUGCGCUAUUUGACUUACAUUUCCCCCCUUGUCCUCAUCCUCUUGGUCCCGUUGCUGGUCGGCGCUCUCAAGUAUCCCAAUGCCAGUGUGGGUGGUGUAGAAUUGAUGUGGUUUUCUAUUUGGUUGGAAAUUGUCUGGUUGACUCUUUGGGCAGGACGGCUUGUCGGCAAGUGUAUGCCUCCAAUUGUUGGUCUUUUUGCAAGUGUUUUCACCAAUAACGCGAAGAAAUGGCGCGACAUGGCCAAACAGCUCGAGCUUCACGCGGCCCUCUUUUUCUGGUGGCUCGGCGUGGAGAUUUCCUUUUUGCCUACAAUGAAAAAUCAUCAUGUGGGUGGUGGUAAGGGGACUAAGAGUUGGGAAAAUACACUCAACAAAAUCAUCAUUGUCAUCUUCGUGUGGACGAUCCUGAAUUUCAUCGAAAAGAUCCUUAUCCAGUUGAUCGCCAUCAGCUUCCAUAUGCGUACCUAUGCCGACCGCAUCGAAAUCAACAAAUUCCAGAUCGGCAGUUUGACCAAGCUGUACGACUGGUCUCGGUCCACUCUCGAUGAGAAAGAUGAUGCCUUUGAGGAGAAGACCGAGGAACCCACUCCUGCCGGUGUCAAGACCCCGUUGCACUACGCCGGCGUGGCCCAGCGCAAGGCCAAGGGUGCCCUGAACAAAGUUGGAAACCGCGUGGGUGAUGUCGCAGGCGCAGUAGUGGCCGAUGUCACUGGUCGCACGGCUACUCGCAGCACUGAUGCCUAUCAGGUCAUUCUGGCGCUUCUGCGAACUACCGGAGGCUGUCAGGUCUUGGCACGGCGUCUGUAUCGCACCUUUGUGAGGGAUGGCUUCGAGACGGUUUUCGGUGGUGACCUGAAAGCGGCAUUUGAAGACGGCGAGGAAGCCGAAGCUGCCUUUGCCAUGUUCGAUCGCGACAUGAAUGGUGAUAUUUCCAUGGAGGAGCUGGAGGCCGUUUGCGUUGACAUUGGCCGUGAGCGCAAGUCCAUCACUGCAUCCCUGAAGGAUUUGGACUCGGUCGUCUCGAAAUUGGAUAAUGUGUUCAUGUUCUUCGUGUUUGUGAUCGUGCUGAUUGUCUUCUUGACGCUCAUCUCGACCUCGGCCGCCGGUGUGCUCACCUCCGCGGGCUCUGCUAUUCUGGCCCUGUCUUGGUUGUUCUCUGCUACGGCCCAGGAGUUCCUCCAGUCGCUUAUCUUCGUCUUUGUCAAGCACCCAUUCGAUGUUGGUGACCGUGUGACCAUCUACGGUAAUUCUGGUGAUUCCGGUCUUGGUGAUGAUUACUUUGUGAAGGAAAUCACUCUUCUUUACACCGAAUUCAAGAAGAUGCAAGGCCAUGUGGUGCAGGCACCAAACAGCUACCUCAAUGGUCUCUUCAUCCUCAAUCAACGCCGUUCAGGCGCACUUGCCGAGGCAGUCCCAAUCAUUAUCAAGUACGGUACCACCAUCGACCAACUCGACUCCCUGCGACAGCGUCUCUUGGAGUUUGUGCGUAGCGAGAAACGCGACUUCCAGAACAACAUUCUUACUGAAAUGCGUGCGGUCACGGAGAACUUCUCGCUUACGCUCAACAUCGUCUUCUUUUACAAAUCCAACUGGCAGAACGAGGGUCUACGUCUCCAGCGCCGCAACAAGUUCAUCUGUAUGCUCAUGGUCGCUCUCCAGGAGAUUGGCAUCGAGGGCCCACGCAUGAACCUCCAGGGUGCCAAGUUCGACAUCCCCUUCCACGUCAACAAUGGCGGCACACGCUCUACCGAACGGGUUCCCCAAAUCGACGCCGAUGCCGAGGAGUUCCCGAUCUCAGGAGAGUCCCACCAUCUGCCAGAGAAUACCGGAACCAGCAGCAGCAGCGCUGCCCGUCACCCAUCGAUUCUCCGCAAGGGUAUGCACACUGCCAACGCCCGUGCCCGCGGCCCGUCUGUCUCCCAGCGCAAGCACGUCGACUUCUCCUUGGGCAUGUCCAACAUGGCCUCCAACGAUAUUAUGGGAGAUGUGUUUGAGGAUCGGGGUGUGGUCGUCGAGGAUGUCGUCCGUUCCGCCAACCGCGAGGCUGCUGAGCGCCGCAUUCAGGAAGAGAACGAGGACGAAGAGGAGCGCCGGAGCAGCCGCACAUCUUCUUCCCGGUAUCGUCGUCCCUCCAACAUGAGCGUUCCUUCCAAUAACGACACCCAUCGCCGGUCGAACGAUGCCCAUAGCUUCCGUAGUGGUCAAUCAUCGCUCAGUCGCAACCGGUUCUUCCAACACCGCAGCAGUGUGAGUCGCGAUCGGGACGACUUGAUGGAGCAGGGCCGCUCUGCGGAGCCUACUCCGCCUCCCCCGGCUGCAGUCCAUGAACUCAAGGAGCACCCCAAUUGA